CUGUGAUGGGUCUUAUGAUGCCGUUCGAAUUUGCAUCCUACACCUGAAAAUACAUCUACCUAUAUACCUAACUUACGAUAGGCUCUUGUACCUUGGAGACUGCUUCGCUUUGAAGAGUCUGUAUUAGAAUAGCCUGCUUUCUGCUAUCCACUGAUAUAUUGCACAACCAUGGGCCCGUCUCACCAUGGAGCCUCUCUUAGCCAACAAUAUCCAGCGCCGUCUCUACCAACUUCAAGGCACAUUCGCCUGGUAUCGUUGCUUCCUGGUAGCAAUGAUGCGAUUAUUUGUGAGCUCAUCACGGCGGACCUGGAUUCAGCUCCCCACUACGAAGCUUUAUCGUAUACCUGGGGCAACCCUCUGGACUGCCGAAGUAUAUAUAUCAAGACGAAAGAAUUUGGAGACGCAACGGAAUUCCAGGUCACAUCAAACUGUUUCUCCGCUCUACGAUGCCUACGACUGGCCGAUCGACCGCGCAUUCUUUGGAUCGACGCAGUGAGCAUUGACCAGCAUAACUUCCCUGAAAGAAACCAUCAGGUUACUCUCAUGUCCCAGAUUUACUCUGGAGCAGCGGAAGUCAUCAUCUACCUCGGCGAAUCCGAGGACAAUUGUGAUUUGGCAAUUGAAUUCAUCACUGAACUGGACAAUCCGGAUCUAGAGACAACGACAUCGCUCAGUUAUCCCAGGUCCGAGCCAUUACUUUUGGCCCUGAGAAGCUUCUUCAACCGGCCGUGGUUCAGCAGAGUGUGGGUGAUCCAAGAGGCUACACUCUCAAACAGAGCUACAAUCUACUGCGGUGACAAGGUGUUUCCUUGGUCUGCAGUAAGAAGCUUCCAACAAUGGAACGCGAGCCAGAAAUGGUUGGGGAGGCUCCCAUUCGUCGUAACCUCUUCAAGAGCAUCUCUGACCAAAUCGAGGCCUGAAAGGACGAUGCUACAGGCUCUCAUUGAAACAAGAUACUGCGCGGCAACGGACCCGCGCGAUAAGAUAUAUGGCUUGCUGCCGCUUCUGCAGGCUUUUGACCAAGAGCUCAAUCUCACGCCGCAAUAUGAAGACUCGGUAGCUAAAGUCUACACAGAUUGUGCAGCAGUUCUGAUGACGCAGGAGCGGUUUGAUUUGGUGUUGUGUGCCGUACAAGGCGGAUCGGAUCGCAACGACCUGCCGUCUUGGGUGCCAGAUUGGAGAAGUGAGCCCAAACGAACGAUUAUUGGAGAGAAUGAUGACAUUCCACAUCACAGCGCUUGGGCUUCUAACGAUGUCUCGGGAUACUCCAUGCGGUUGACUUUAUCAACACCAGAGCCAGUGCUACACAUGGCAGGCUAUUCAUGCGGCAAGGUAAUGAAAGUGGGAUCUGCAUACCUUGCCGGUCAAGGCCCAUUUUCCUCUGGAUGAAUGGAAGGCCUUAUUGGACAAGGAGCCUACACAAUCUCUAGAUGCUGACCCGGACGAGGCUUCUUACGCCGUUGAGGGUUUCUACGCCGUCAUAUGCGCUGCC